CGUAUGUUUUCAAAUAAAAACACUUGGUUGGGCUCAGUCAUACGAAAACAUUUGCGACAAUAGGACGAUAGAACGAAAGAAACGAAAAAAUUAUAUAACCCAACUUGCAUACAAAUCAUUCAAUAAAAAAAUAGUGUUACAAUCUAAAACAAUAGAGAAAUCAUUUUUUUUUUUUUUGCGCUGAUAAGAUAUCUACUAAACUGAAGUUUUAAAAAAAAAUCACAUUGUUUUUACAAUUCCCACAAUAUUCAAUUUAAACAGAGGGAAAUAUUUGCCUGUGAAAGUGAAAUUUGAAAACAAUCGAGAGUGUGUACAGUGAAAUUAUAGCAAAAUGCAAGAAAAGCCACCAAUGCCAACGCAGCAACCCUACCAACAACAAUCAUACGAACAAGCACCGCCACCAUACCAACAACAGCAGCCUUAUCCUCAACAGCAGCCCUACCAGCAACAACAACCAUACCCACAACAGCAAAUAUACCCACAGCAGCAGGCAUAUCCACCACAGCAGCCAUAUCCACCACAACAGCCAUAUCCACCACAACAGCCAUAUCCACCACAACAACCACCAAUUCAACAAGUUCAACCACCACCAGUGAUUUAUGUCUCAACAUCACCUGCAGCACCAGCGCCAAUACAGGCCAACACAAGAUGGCGUAACAGGCCGCAGACUAAUGCCACAUCAACAGCUGGCAUUAUUUUCUUAUCGGGUGGCAUGAACAUGGCUCUGGGUGUGGGCUGGUCUGAAGGAGGUUUUUUUGGAACAUCAUAUCAAUUUUGCUUUUCUUGGUUUAUUGGUGUCAUAUGUGCAACACUUGUUUCCUUGCCACUGCUAAGGAUAACAACAACCAAAAUUAUAAUGGGCUUUGCCACCUUACUCAUCCUUAUCGGAGGCAUUCUAUUCACCAGUGGCCCCGAUGAAUAUAACACCAUGUUGGCAGGACGUUAUCUGAAUGGCAUUGCCGUAGGCCUGGUCAUAGUUCCCUUCUUUAUGAAUGCCAGCGAGAUUGCCGAUGUAGGAUAUCGUGGUGCAUGCCUCUCUGUGGAGCAGUACUCGAUGACUUUGGGCAUAGCUAUACAAAUGAUUUAUGCCUCAUAUUGGAAUACCUCAGUUGACUUUCCCGCUAAUCGUUUGCAUGGCAUUUUGGACAUCAUCUAUGCCCUAUUGGCAGCAGGCUCCCUUGUCACUGUAGUUGAGUCGCCCAUCGAGCAAAUACGCAAAGGCAAUGAUAAUGCUGCCUUGGAAACUAUUGCCCGCUUGCGUAGACCAGCCUAUGUAACUGUGGAGACUAAUGCCCUGUUGGAGCAGUACAAAUCCUAUGUGAGCGAAGAGGAAAAUCUUUCGCUGGUAGCAAGUCUGACACGAGGCAUAGUGCCGUUGGUAAAAUUGCUUUUGGUGCGCAGUAUGUUGGUGGCCUUCUGUUUUUCAACACCUCUAAAUCUGUCCAUGUACUACAGCACCCUUAGGACAGGCUACACAUGGGCCCCCACUGUGUCGGCAAUUUUCCGAGUUCUAGGAGGCAUCCUUGCCGUUGGCAUGGUGGACAAUGCUAAUCGUAAAUUUCCCUCCAUAUUCACGGUGGCCAUUUUUGGCAGUCUCCUUAUUGGCCUGGGCUCCUUAUUCACCAGCUACACCAGCAUUUACUACUUCAGUGAUAUGGAGUCUGCAGUUUACCUUUACAUGUUCCUGCAACUGUUUGCCGGCUUCUUUGUGCCCUAUACUUCAAUAUAUUUGGGCGAAGCUUUUCCCCUACGCGUCAAGCCCAUUCUAAUUGCCUUGGUGGUUAUUAUGGAACAAGUCAUUCAUAUUAUUUUCAUUGAGACCUAUGGGGUGAUAAUCGGCAACAAUCUCAUUGCCCAAGGUGUUAUAAGCUUGGUGAUGUUCUUUGUCUUUAUUGCCAUUAUACCAGAGACCCGCAAUACAACAUUGGCCGAAGCCCAAAGACGUUUCAGGACCUUAAUCACCUUUAGAUAAAGUUUAAGGAGCAGAGAGAGAGUAGUAAUGACACGAAAACGUCAAGGAAACAACCAAACCAAAAAAUCCUUAAAAAAGGAUUAAGAUUUUAUGGAAACAUGACACUGCAAAAGUAUUUAUGACAAUUUUUGAAGCAAAUGAAGACAGACAAUUGUUUCUAUACCUUACAUCACUUCUGGGGUAGAGGGUAUUCUUAUUUGUAUUUAUUUACUUUUGUCUCUAUUUUACAUUUCGUUUCUCCAUAACUAUUGUAUUAUUAUGAUAUAUUUUAAUAUAGGAUUUCUCCAACUUUAUAUUAUCAAAGAGUAUAAAAUUGGAGCUAUUUAUAUA